CACACACACACGCAGACUGGUUUCCAUAGAUAAUUCACAGCUGAGAUAAUCAGAAAGCUUCUUGCAGCAAAUAAUCUACAACAACCACAAGGCAACCCCACAUGUAAGCCUCAUUCUAAUGACCUCAAAUUGUAAGUUACAUGUGAAAGACUUUGUAACAAGUGACUAGGACCGUGAAUUCACAUUAGUGUAUGACUUAGAAAGUUUUAAAUAGUCACAGGAAAACUGCCAACGAAAAAUGACAACCACAAAUGAAAAUCUGGUUAAAUCCGAUUUCAUCAGAUGCACUUUAUCUGAUAAAAUCAAGUCCUGUGUUGUCUCUGGUUCCAGUAGAGUUCACCAGAGUUCCCUUGGUGGAACUGUAAAGUUCCCCUGGGGUUUUUGAGGACAAAUAAACUACGUCCACAAGUCUGGUGUUCAUGGAGGAAUGCAAAGAAAGGAAAGCCCUUGUAAUAACAUAGACAUUAGAAGAAGUCUCACUACACCUUGCAAUGAAAUGACUAUCCUCAUAGUGAAACAUAGUAAUGGCAGCAUCAGGCUUUGGGAAAGUCACAAGCGCAAACCCAAUAAUACAUACUUCUGAAAGUCAUUCCAUCCAUCAUAAACCUACAUGUAUGUUUGUAUUAGAAAGUCUCUUUCAGUUAUUUGUCUAAAAUAAUCAGGAUCAUCAAUUUUAACAUAAUAGAAUUCACUAUUGGAAGAUACUUAUCAGUUUAUUGUAACAUUUUGUCACGUAAAACAAAAUCCCUGUAGCGUAAAGCUGAAAAAGAAAAAAAAGAUGUGAAACUAGCAAGUUUCUUGAAAAAAAUGCACAACUGAAAACAGAAAUAAUCAGUCAAAGGAGAUUACUGUAAUAUAAUUUAUUCCAGCUAUAAAUUUAAAAGUGUAUAGUAAAAUUGCCUAUUUUAUCUGUCCUGUGAGAAAAGAAAUACCAUCCAGGCUUCCAUUAAACUGAAGCAGAGCUAAAGGGAGCGGUUUUCCAGGUUUCCCUCUUUCAAAGGGAGGGCGAAACCUCCUGCUGCCGGGCUCAUGGCAGGGCAGGGAGCGAAGCAUUCCUCUCACAGUUUUGGAACACCUCUUCUGCUUUACAUGCGUCAGAUCUGCUUGAUAAAAGGGGAUUGAGUCUAAAAGGAAUAGCUCACUGGCAGCUUUCGCCAAUUCUGAUCAGGAGAGUUGGUUUGGGAAGAUGUGGAAGAUCUUUGUAUCUGUGACCUUCUGCUUUACUCUGGAAAGUGAUGAAGUCUUUCACUUCAGGUGUCGGCCUCAUGCCCAGAAGCCUGCCAGUGUCCAUCUGACGUCCCUGUUUGUGCAGCAGGGGUGAGUCUAAUGCUGGACAACUGCGGCUGCUGUAAGGUCUGUGCACGGCAGCUCUAUGACAACUGCAGCAAAACUCAACCGUGCGACACUGCAAAAGGACUGGAGUGCAAUUUCGGGGGCAAAUCUGAUUUUGCACCUGGCAUCUGUCGAGCUAAAUCAGAUGGGAGAAGCUGCGAGUUCAACGGCAGGAUGUUCCAGAAUGGGGAAACCUUCCAGCCAAACUGCAAAUAUCAGUGCACCUGCAUGGAUGGAUCUGUCGGGUGCGUCUCACUUUGCACUCGUGACCUUUUGAUGUACCGAGUGGGCUGCAAAAAACUGAAGAGGGUUUAUGAAAAAGCAUGGUGCUGUGAACAACUCAUCUGCCUCGAUGAUGCAAACACAAGAAGGUCUGGGUCAAGGAAACACAGACGAAAGUACAAACAAGACCCAUCUGAUGGUGACUUUUCUAACAAGAAUGAUCCUCCACAUGUUUGGAGAGGAGAAUUAACAGCUUUUAGGAAUCAUCCAAAGAGGCUUGAAACAGGAGUCCAGUGUCAGCCUCAGACCACAGCCUGGUCACCCUGCUCCAAAUCCUGUGGUCAUGGGGUUUCCUCCAGGAUGACCAACAACAACAUCAAGUGCCAACUGGUGACUGAAACUCAGAUCUGUGAGAUCCAACCCUGCAAAGAAAUUCCCCAAAAGAGAGCUGGGAAAUGUAAGGGGAAGGCUGUCCAUCCAAUUCAGAUGUCCUAUGGUGGUUGUCAUAGACUGAAGACAUUCCAGCCGAAACACUGCAGGUCCUGCAUAGACGGCCGAUUCUGCCGGCCUCACAGGACCCAGACACCAUCUGUCCAUUUCAAAAGCAAGUCUGGACAGACUUUUAGGAAGAAGGUAGCGAUGACUGGAUCUUGACUGUGAGAUUUGGACUUCUCCAAGAGCAGUAAAAAGUUGCUCACCCUCUAUGGACGUUCUAAUACGAUUCAGAAACGCUAACUGUGAAUCUGAGAGCAAUUCAAAUAAAAACUAUUAUUCUGGAA